AUGAAAUUCCUCGUCCUUGCCGCCCUCGUUGCCGUCGGCGCUGCCACCGUGUUCAACUGCGACAACACGUGCGACUUCCAGACGCUGAGCAUCGACGACACAAUGCAGCUCAAUACCCUGCCCGGCUCUGAUGACCCGUCCAACCCCAGCUGCAUGGUUGUCAACGCUGCCUGCGGCGCUCAGGAUGACCAGAUCUUGAUCAACGAUAUGAUGCCCGUGAUGCCCACCGUCGGCCAAAACGGCAUCCAGCUCACCUGCCAGCAGCAGCAGUGGUUCUUCGAGGACGUCCCGGUCUCGACGCUCUCCUGCUUCUCCACCCAGCCGGCCGGUGGUUUC